AUGGCGACCCACCGGGUCGGCUUCCUUCCGCACCAGAUGAUGAAGAGGGUCCCGGCGGCUCCGCCGCCAGCGCCGGCGCCGGCGCCCGAGGAGCUGCGGCUGUCGGACCUCGACUGGGUCGGCGACCUCGGCGCCGGCGGCUUCGCCCGCGUCAGCAAGGCGCGCCACCGCCGCACCGGCGCCGUGAGGCCGAGGUGCUCCGCCGCGCCGCCGCACGUCGUCGACUGCCACGCCAUGCUCCGCGGGCCCGCCGGCGAGCCCGCGUUCGCUCUCGAGUUCAUGGACGCCGGCUCGCUCGGCCGCGUCCUGUGCCGGCGCCGGGGGAGCAGGGGAGGAGUCCCCGAGCCGGCGCUCGCCGAGGCGGCCGCGCACUGCGUCGUGGGGCUGGCCCAGCUCCACUCGCGCGGCGUCGCGCACCUGGACGUCAAGCCCGACAACUUCCUCGCCAGCUCCCGCGGCGAGAUCAAGAUCAGCGACUUCAACACCUCGAGGAUCCUCUACGGCAGCGCCGGCGAGCGCCUCCAGGUGCCCAUCACCGCCGGCACCCGCGCCUACUUCAGCCCCGAGCGGUUCGCGCCCAGAGCCCGCGCCGGGCCGCACGGCGCCAUGGCCGCCGACGUGUGGGGCCUCGGGGUCACCGUCCUGGAGCUCUUCCUGGGCCGCUUCGCCGUCGUGCCGGAUGCAGACAAGGCGUCUGCGGCGGAGCUGGAGCUGGAGCUGGCCAUCUGCCACGGGGAGCCCCUGCGCGUGCCGGAAGAAGCAGAGGCGUCGCCGGAGCUGCGCGGGUUCGUGGCCGCGUGCCUGCAGAGGGAGCCGACCCGGCGCGCCACGGUGCCGCAGCUGCUUGGGCACCCGUUCCUCACCCGUCGCGACGUCGAGGCGUCAAGGCGCGCGCUGCGGGACCUCAUCGUCGAGACGCUGUAGCGGGCAGGAGAUUACAUCGUCGAGGAGCGCGCGCUGCGGGAUUCUUCAGUUUAACUGUGUGUUUCUUUUGCUG